AUGUUAGAUGAACUAUAUAAAGCAGAACGUGGAGAGAUGGAAAAGAAACUUCAAGCAAAAGAUGAAGUCAUUGAAUCCAAAGACAAAAGCAUACAGAAAAGAAUACCACGUUCAAUACCAAAAGGAAAGGAAAAAAGCUAUAAGUAUAUGAUUUACGCUGAAGAGAUGGAAAAUGAAGAAGACAGAGAUAUGGUUAUGUUGCAUUUAGUCAGAAGAAACAACAAAAGCUUUUAUGACCUUGCUAAGAUUUACAAAUCUGACAGAAACUGGUUCUAUCGUGAAAACUUACCGAUUUCAAUGACACCGAAUGAGCAAAUAAAGGAAAUUGUCAAAAAUACUCUUCCUCAAACACACUAUGACAUCAAAGGUUGCACAAUACUUACAUUCAAAGAAGACUUAACAUUACUGAAGGAAAAAAUAACAGAAUAUUUCGAUAACUUCAAAGAGGAAGAAUGA